ACUUUUCGGGUUUUGGGACCGGGCAGCAGCAGGACAUCUCCAAGCUAUAGGAGGAAUUGCAUCAUUGAAGAACUUAACAAGAUUCUGGAAUUGUAUCUCUUCAUUGCUUUGUGGAAACUAUGACAUCUCGUGGAAAAAAGAGUACAAGAAAGGGAAUUCAGGAAGAUGGAAAUAUUGUAGGAACCAAAGAAGGUAAUAUGGCAAAUUCUGGAAAUUCUGAAAAUUCUGGAAAUUCUGGUACAGUAAUGGAAUCUCAAGAGACCGAAACAACAAGAACUUCAAGAGGUCGCACUUGUUUGGAUAAGCUGGUUAGGUAAAGGGCCCACGGAAUUAGAAAGGAUAUAAAAUUUAAUAAAUUUGGACAGCCAAUAGGAGACUUUGCUAGUGAAAUGCAAAGUUAUAUCGGCAUUCUCGCUCGGGAAAAAGUUAGGAUAAGUUACAAGUCAUGGAAGCAAGUUCCAAGUGGCGUUAAGGAUUUAAUAUGGGAAUCAGUUAAUUUGAGUUACAAUGUUGACCCCAGAUGGAAAAAGGGGUGUUUGAAUUCGGCAAAUAGUAAGUGGCGGCAAUAUAAAGCUCUCCUCACUCAUAAGUUUAUUUUUAGCAAGCUUGCUAAACCGGAAGAGUUGAAAGAACCACCAAUUGGGUAUGGUAUUACACGAGAUGAUUGGAGUGCGUUUGUAAUCAGUCGCAUGUCGGACGACUUCAAGAAAGUAAGUGAUGAGCAAAAGAAGAGAAGAAAGCAGAAUGUAUACCCACAUCGGCUUGCCCGUAAAGGUUAUGCUCGUUUUGCUGAUGAAAUAGGAGAUGAAUUAUGUGAUGAUGAAGAGAUUAAUCGAGCGAUUAUUUGGAAGGAAGGACGGAUGAAUAAGAAGGGGCAAUUUGAAGGCGAUGAUUUGAAAAUGGCAAUAGAAAAGAUUGAUGAUUAUGUGCAACAAAAACGGGAGGGUAAGUUGCACUUAGAAGAGGCAAACACGGAUAUCCUUUCAAAAGCACUUUCAUCUGAGGAGCAUUCUGGGCGUGUGAGGGGUGUUGGAGGAUAUGUCACUCCAACAUUCUAUUUUAAUGUUGGCAGCAUAGUGCAGAAACACCUUGUUAAUGAGCAGUUUAUCCUUCAACAAAAAGAGUUGAUGGAGAAACUUGAAGCAAUGUUCAGAAAGGGUGCAUGCGACUUAGAUACGGAUGAAAAGUGUGUCCCAAAUAUUGAAACUUUGGAUGAUGAUGACAUGCAAAUUUUGAACAAUGAUGAUUUCUUCCAGGGUAAACCGGUUGCAUUGACAUUGGGUUCUAAGAGCAAUAUUGUUGCCUAUGGUACAAUUGUUCAUGUCAAUGCGGUUGGCUUUGGAUGA